CAAUAAGUGUGUAGAGUUUUCAUUUCAGCCAUUUGUGAUCAAUUUGCGAUUACUAAUGAAAAUUUGAAAACAUCCGAGAAGAUUGUAAAGCUCAAAUUAAGUUUCCUAGUUAUAUUAUCAGGAGCUAGUCUAGUUAAGGUGCAUUUAUUUCACUUUAAAGUCGUGAAGUGAUUGUUGCUCGCGAAAAAAACAAACAAACCGAAAUGCCCCGUGUCAACUUUACCAGAUCUGAUCGGAUCGCCCAGAUGUCGAAGCAAGAGCAGCUUAUCGCCCAAAAGCGGCAGCAAAUUUUGGAAAAGCAGCGCACCCUGCAAAUGGCCAAACAAAUAGCUGCCGAGGCCACCAAAAGUAACACACUAGAAACCAAUGAAACGGAACCGGACAAACCAGGAGGAACGAUAAAGUUGCCUUUCAGCAAUGAUGGGUCGUUUUUGGAAAAUUUCAAAAAGUUAAGCGAAAAGUUUGUCAAGCCCCCAGAGGAGACACCAGUUCAGGUUAAGAGACCCGCGGAAGACGAAGCCGAGGAAGGUGCAUCGGAACUAAGCAGCGAGAAGAAGCUCAAACCGGAUGAUGUUGUACUGGUUCCGGUGGCCCUUCCACCACCACCGCCUCCAACUCCACCCUCUAUUCCUCAAAUUCCAAACAUGCCCAUGGAGAUUCCUUUUGCUGCAUACUACAACAUAGCACAGCCUGCUCCCAUGAUGGCUGCUAUGACAUCGGCAUCGCUCAUAGUGCCUUCAAUUCCGCCGCACAUGGUGAUGGUUGAGGCACCAAAACCGAUUGAAACUGCCAUAAAUGUUCCACCGCCAAUGCCAGAACAGGUUGCGGUUGUUCAAAAUUCUGAAGUAUUUUCAGAGCAAAUUAAAUUACCAACAACAGUUGAAGAGUUGGUUGAAUUGGUUGCCGAUAUAGGUGAUGUUUAUGAAGAAAAAUUAAGUACACGUAAAAAUGAGUUGCAUCCAUCACUGUGGUUCUUAUUCGAUAAACAGUCUGAGGCUUACAGAAACUAUCGGCACAUGAUUGUGGCUCGAUUGUUCCGAUCGGCCGGAAUCGAGCAUGUUUUGCCUCCACCGCCGCAACUGCUAGAUACUAGCACACCGCCAGGUCCGGUUUCGGGUCCUGCCGAUGAUUCGAAAUACGAUCCGGAAGAUGUUUUGGAUGAUACAAACAUGGAUGAAGAACUUCCAGACCAAGCCCAGCAUUCUUUGGAGCCCCCGCAAAUGCAACCGAAUUAUUACGGGGAUGAAAAUCAUUUCUAUGAUGACAAGUCCACCACCGAGACCGAUUCGGACACAGAAUAUGUCCGGGCGGCCCGGAAGCGCAUCUUGAAAAACCUGAAGACGAAAACGAUGAACGCUGGGAACGUUCAAGAUAAAAGUUCCAGUGACUCGGAGGACGAUUUCGGUGAAAAUUCAGAUAGCAAACAGGACAAUGGUAGCGAUAGAAGUGGAAGUAAUAUGGGUGCUAAAUCAGGUAGGCAGCAGCGUCAGAAGAAAAAGACACGGUGGGGAGACAACGCUGAGUCGUCGGAAGUUCAAGGAAUUGUAGAUUCGAAAGGGUCAGCAGAAGGUUCUCAGAAUAGCGGCAGCGAGAACUCCGAUCACAAAUUUUUGAAUUUUGGCCAACAACAUCUUCACCCAAAUUCUCGAUCAAAUCCAGGGUUUUUACAGUUUGUGUUCCAAAACUAUGGCACAAUCGAAGUUAGUCCCGAGAGUUGGAAGAAAGCGGAGGAGCAUUUCAGAAUCCGGCUGCUCUAUGAAGAUAUGUCGACAAAAAUACAAGCUCACGAGAGAUUCACAAGCGAUCAAAUUAUGGGAGGUGUUCGCGGAAAUUGCCCUGAGAAGAAUAACGACGAAGAUCAAAGGUUAAAUUCUGAGAAAAUGAAUUCAGUGGUUUCAUGGAUGAAUGAAAUUACCAAGUUUUAUGACCGAUGUCGGCCUUCCAGUUUAGAGGAGUUUCUAAUGCGGGAUGAGUACGACGCAUUUUUAGAAAAGUUUAGAAAAGACAAUGAGCAUUUACCCAACUUUGAAGAUUAUAAAAAGUUUAAACUCCAACAAGCAAAAAUUGUUUCUACUAAUUCUCGUGGAGAAUACAGUUCGUCAGAAUCAGAUUUUAAAAAUGCUCGCAACAACGUAAAAUCAAAUUCACAGCCUCCAAAUGACUCGGUUCCUGUUUCAACUGAAAAUGAUAAAGGAGCUCGUAAACGGAAAAGUCGUUGGGGAGAAAAAAUUCCAGAAACUACUGUCAAUGAAUGUUCUGCCCCUAAACCAUCAACUUCUAAUGAAACUCCCAGAUCGGGACCCUCAAAACAAAGCACAAACGCACCAAAACUAUCUUCUGUUAAUCGCACAGAUCCCGCAUUGCUGGCUUAUGUUAGACAAAACUUCGGAUCAACAAAUUUGUCCGAGGAAGAUUGGAAGAAAGCAGAAGAUCAUUUCAAAAUUAAUCUUCUUUACCAGGAUAUGUUGCGAAAACGUCAGGAGGUGGAGAGACUAGCUGCCAGUGGAAAGUUCAAAUACGAAUAUGACUCGGACGAGGAUGUCGAUGGAGGUACAUGGGAGCACAAGUUGCGAUCCCAGGAGAUGGAAGCAACUCAGUUGUGGGCCACGGAACUUACUAAAAAUUCCGAAGGAAAACAUCAUAUUGGUGAUUUUUUGCCCCCAGAAGAGCUUCGUAAGUUCAUGGAGAAGUACGACGCUCAGAAGAAUAACCGAGAGCCGAAUUUAAGUGAUUACAAAGAGUACAAACUGAGGGAGGAUAAUGUUGGUUUCCAAAUGCUGCAAAAGCUUGGAUGGAAGGAGGGCCAAGGACUAGGCGCCGAUGGAACAGGAAUCGUUGAUCCAAUUAAUAAGGCAUCUCAACGAGAUAAUAACCAAGGAUUAGGCGUUGCUUCAGCAGAUAAUCCGGAAGUUGACGAUAACGAAUAUGAUGCCUAUCGCAAACGUAUGAUGCUUGCUUACCGGUUCCGGCCAAAUCCUUUGAAUAAUCCUAGAAGAGCAUACUAUUGAAUAUGCUCGCAAUGUUGCACACGGGAAAAUCGUGCUUGUACCCGUGCACUGAAACUUACAGUUUCUCCGGUACAGCAGUUGGUGAAAUCAAAUAUUUAAAAUAAUAAUCUCCAACUUGAGCAUGCCGUCAAUGACCAAUUAAGCCGAGUUUUAAUUGAUUUCGAUUUUUCUCCAAAUUUUUAUACUAUUUGUAACUGAAAGCUGUUACGAUUCCUGCAGCCGCGUUGCGUUUAUUAUUGGUAUGCUUCA